ACCCGCACGUCGGGCCUCCGCCGGGCGCCUUCCCUUGCGGUGCAAGGGCAUCCCCGCCUGCCUUCACCACGGCGAUGAAGGAUCUUAUUCGUGUAUGUGAGAACUCGCCCGGCAGGUGACGGACGGGACAGAGUGGGGGAAGGCGACCGCCGGGAACCUGGUGCCGGGCAGAGCCGCCGUCGGACUCCUCCCGGCUCCCCGCCCCAUACUCACUGCUGGGCCGGAGCGGCGGCCCCCAAACCCGCACGAUGCCAGGGGAAACGCGGAGCGUGUGUAUGGGCGCUCUCCGAUGUGUCCCUCCACUAUUCCCCUUUCCGUAGGUACCCGAUGUCCAGGUGAGGGGCUGGCGGCGGGCAGGCAGUGAGCGGGCAGCCCCCGAAGGGGUUAAAAGGAGGGGACGUGGGCUGUCACGCGUCAUUGGACAGAUUAUGUGCAGCAAACAAAAAGUGUGUGUCUGUGUGCCAGUCACUCACUGCAUCGGGUCCAUCUGCACCGCUCGCCUCCUCGGCCGCCUCCCCUCCCCGCCUCGCCCCCGCCGCCGCCCCGGCCAUGGAGCUGCUCUGAUACAAUAGCGCCGGGAGGCAGCGGGGGCCGCAGCCCGGCUUUGUGCCACUUGUCGGGCGAGGAUUAUAUUCCUUCUCUCCCUGGCAUGGAGGACGCCGGCGUCCAGAGGGGAGUAUGGGACGGGGACGCCAAGACGGUCCAGCAGUGCUUGACUGACAUUUUCACCAGCGUUUACACCACCUGCGACAUCCCGGAAAAUGCCAUUUUCGGCCCCUGCGUCCUGAGCCACACAUCCCUAUACGACAGCAUUGCCUUCAUCGCCCUGAAGUCCACCGACAAGCGCACCGUCCCCUACAUAUUCCGGGUGGACACGUCGGCGGCAAAUGGCUCGUCGGAGGGGCUGAUGUGGCUGCGGCUGGUGCAGUCGGCGCGGGAGCGGGAGGAGCAGAACCUGGAGGCCUACAUCAAGAGUGGGCAGCUCUUCUACCGAUCUCUGCGCCGCAUUGCCAAGGACGAGGAGCUGCUGGUGUGGUACGGCAAAGAGCUCACCGAGCUGCUUCUGCUCAGCCCCGCACGGGCUCCUGCCCGCAGCAACGGCUCGCCGCCUUUCACCUGCCCCGAGUGCAACCAGCGCUUCCAGUUCGAGCUGCCUUUCGCCGCUCACCUCCGGUUCCGCUGCCCCAAGAGGCUGCAUGGCCCAGAUACCACUAGCCCCGCCGCCGACGGUCCCGGCAGCAAGGACAGCGUCGGCAAGGAGCAGGAGGCCGGCAAGUACUGCAAGCCCGGAGGACCGCUCCACCACCCCUUCCCCGGGGCAGACGGCGGCGGGGCCGCCGCCAGCACCAAGCCCUCCACGGACUUCCACAACCUCGCGCGGGAGCUGGAGAACUCCCGCAGCGGCCACGGCGGGUCCCCGGGGAGGCCGGCGCCCGCUGAGGGCGACCCCGAGACAGCGGCCGGGAAAGGCAAGCGACGAUACCCCGAGGAGGAGGAGCGGGGCUCCGGGGCGGCCGCGAGAGGCCGCUUCCCUGAGGAGCGGCCCGGGCUGCCGUCGGCGCCCAAGGAGGAGCCCGUGUGCGCCCCGCAGCAGCAGUACCGGGCCGCUGGCUCCUACUGCGGCUUGGAGGAGGGCGGCCGCCUCUUCGCACCGCCCAGCCCGGAGACGGGGGAGGCCAAGCGCAGCGCCUUCGUGGAGGUGAAGAAGACGGCCCGCGGCCCCGAGCCCGACGGCGGCGGCGCCGAGGAGGGCCAGGAACGCGCUUCCCCCGUUGCACCGGGUGCAGGCGGCAGCGAUCCGGGGCUAUGUCCCCGCAGCGGCCCCGGGGUCCCGCUGCCCGCUCGUCUAGAAGGUGGCAGCCCGGCGCGGGGCAGCGCCUUCACCACCGUCACACAGCUCGGGGGGACCGGCCCCGGCGGGGGGGCGGAGGAGCGAAAGAGCGCCUUCUCACAGCCCGCCCGCUCCUUCGCGCACGUCCCGCCGCUGGUGCUGGGCCAGAAGCUGGGCGGCCUGGGGGAGCCCUGCUCCGACGGCGCCGCCGCUCCCACCCGCCUCUAUUCUGCUGAGGCGCUGGCCGUCAAGAUGCCGGGUGGCGGAGAGGCGGCGGGCGGAGGCGGCGGCGGCGGGAGUGGAGGCGGCGCCGGGGGGCUGCCCAAACAGAGCCCCUUCCUCUACACCACCGCCUUCUGGCCCAAAAGCUCGGCGGCGGCGGCGGUGGCGGCGGCGGCGGCAGGGCCGCUGCAGCUGCAGCUGCCGUCGGCGCUGACGCUGCUGCCGCCGUCGUUCACGUCGCUGUGCCUGCCGGCCCAGAACUGGUGCGCAAAGUGCAACGCGUCCUUUCGCAUGACCUCGGACCUGGUGUACCACAUGCGCUCCCACCACAAGAAGGAGUAUGCGCUGGAGCCCCUAGUCAAGCGGCGCCGCGAGGAGAAGCUCAAGUGCCCCAUCUGCAACGAGUCCUUCCGAGAGCGGCACCACCUAUCCCGCCACAUGACCUCCCACAACUAGCGGGAACACCCCCCUCAACCACACUCCAACAACACCCCGCACACCCGGGGACCCCCCGGCCGGCCCCCGCGGAGGGCAGUGGUUGCCCGGUGCUUUCUUCCCUUUCCUUUCGAUGCACGCAUUUUCACUUUGUGGGGAGGGAUGGGGAGGGCAGCAGGGAAGAAGAGGAGAACAAGAAGAGGGAAAAAAGGAGAA